AUGGCCUUGCCACAUGCGAAUAUGAGUGUGCUCAUUGUAGAUGAUGACCCUACGUGUAGAUCACUUAGUGCGAUUUUCUUGCGUCAAUUUGGGAUCAGAGAUAUCACAAUGGCCGAAAAUGGAGCGGAGGCCGUUUUGUCAUGCCGAUUGGGUAUAACAUAUGAUAUCAUAGUCAUGGAUUUUAGUAUGCCAUUAAUGAAUGGUGUGGAGGCAACCAAGGCAUUAAGAGACAUGGGUGUUGAAUCCAAGAUAUAUGCUGUAAGUGCCGAUAAUGAUGAUGCGCUCAUAGAGAGCUUUAGAGAAGCCGGGGCCAACAAAUUCUUCAAUAAGCCUUUGAAUCUCGACAAAGUUGCAAGUUUCUUUGUCUAG